AUGGAGACUAUCCUUGAACCCCAGGGCUGGUGCGUGGGCGGCGGGACCCUGACAGCAGCGAACAUCCUAACCUACAGCGGUGUCCUCCCAGGCCGCCCACCCAUCAUCCGCUACAACACAACCACGCCCAGCCCGCCCAGCCUCGUGCGUAACGAAGGCGCGUACAUCCAGGUCCCAAGCAAACCGGUAACCACUACAGGAUCUACGGGCGCCUUCACCCCCCCUGCGAGGUUUAAUAACCAGAUCCUGCCGUCCUUUGCCAACACGACGGAAACCAACGUGACGGUGAUAAGAGAUAAGACGGCUUAUCUACACUGUCACGUGCUCAACCUCGGCACGAAAACGGUUUCGUGGGUUAGACAUGAAGACAUCCACGUGCUUACUGUAGGCCGCCUUACCUUCACUAACGACGACAGAUUCGUGGCCAUGAACAAGCCUGGUUCUGACGUGUGGUCAUUAAGGAUCAAAUUCCCCCAACUGAAGGACAGCGGGAGAUAUGAAUGCCAGGUGUCCACCCGACCCCUGCGAUCGAAGGUUAUCACUCUCAAUGUGGUUGAACCUCAGGCCAUCAUACCCCCCGCCCCAGAACUCUACGUGGAUUUCGGCUCCCCCCUUAACAUCACGUGCGUCAUACCCGAUAGCCCAGAGCCACCGGAACACCUCUUUUGGUAUCACAGGGACAAGAUGGUGUCCUGGGACGGCACAAGGGAGGGCGUCACGAUCACCACCAACAGAGGCAAAGUCACCACCAGCACCCUCUUUAUCCCUGACGUAACAGCUCAGGACUCCGGUGUUUACAUAUGCGCUCCACAGGGUAUGAAAGAAGCCUCGGUCACCGUCAGUGUUCUCAAUGGCGAACGCACGCAGGCCAUGCAAACGGGGUCCACCUGCAGGGGCUGCGUGGGGUCCUUCGUGCUGCUGCUCCUAAGCGCUUUCUAUCACCUACUGGGGUGAUGGCACCUCCCAGCGCCGCCGUCAGCACCACACUGUGGCUUAUCACCCUCUGGGGUCGAAUUAAAUCCCUAGUUACGCCACCAUCACCACCACACCUUGCCUUUUAAACUCUCUGGACUCUUGGGAGAAAUUAGAGAGAUGGACACUGGAGAAAAUGGAGUGAAAAGAAGAGGCUUUUCUUUCAAUUCUUAGGCCUAGUUUUGUGCGACUGUUUUUUUUUUUUUUUUUUGAUAAUAGAUUUGACAAAUAUAGAUGUUUAUGUGUGCGAGAGAGGUUGUUUAUCACUACAAGAACACAUGAUGCUGUAUUAAAUCACAUUCAUCUUGUGUGCAUUUGCUUGUGUGUUUGUGUGUGAGCUUGUGUAUGUUUGGGAGAAUGUGUUAACUCAUUCAUCAAUAUGGUAUUGUUUCAUUGGCUUUAAACUUUGCGCAUACUCACAUAUAUGUUCAUACUCUCACUCACACUCACACACACACACACACACACACGCACACAACAA